UGAAUGUUUUUUGCAAUUGAUUGAAUAUAAUGAUGUUGUAAUGUGUGAUGUGUUUUUGAUUUGAAAGUACAUACAAAUGUAGUACAUGCAGUCUUUAUUCAGAUAUCAUAGGUUGACCACAAAACUGUAGUAACUUGUAUAAAAUAAAGAAGGACAUGCAACAGUUUUGCAAUCAACCCCCCAAUAUAGUCUCUAGCAGGUAUUUGAAUGUAGAACAGUACUAUCAUGAAUAGGUUACUUAGUAAGGAAAUAAAUAAUGUUCUUUUAUAUAUUUUAGAUUGUUUGAUGAUGGGGCUGAAAGGUACCAAAACUUGAGGAAAACUAUAACACAAAUCACCAUUUGUCAGUUAGGAUUAUCUAUAUUUUCCAAAGUUAGUGAUGAAAACAGGUAUGAAGCAAAAACCUACAAUUUUUACCUGUAUCCACCAACAUUCGGACCUGUAGAUGAGAGAUUUGUGUGUCAGGCCUCCAGUUUAAAGUUUUUGUGCUCCUAUGAUUUUGAUUUUAACAAGUUUAUAUAUGAGGGAGUUUCAUACAUGAAUGGCAAGCAGGAGGAAGACAUUAGGGACCAUAUGGCUAGCAAAGCCAUGUUUGCUGGGUUAGAAAGAAAUUUAGAUGAGAAGAAUAUAGAACAGAUAUGUUCAAAAGUUGCGAAAUGGUUUGUUGAUGAAGAAGAUAUCAAAGUGAUGAUUUUAGAAAAACAAGAGAUGAAGAGAAUACCUAUGUAUAUUUUAAGUACAGAACUAAAAGGAAGAUUCCCAGCAAUCUGGACUACUUUAAAUACAGAGCAAAAAUGUAUAGAGAUAGAGAGAAUAAGUUUAGAGAAGAGACAGGAGUUAGAGGAAUUACAGAAAAAUGAUCUGAGACAACAUGAGGACACACUUCUAGAAAAUAUGCUAGGCUUUACACGUAUAUUCAAACUUAUGACACAGUUAAAAAAGCCACUGCUAGGACAUAACUGUUUGAUGGACUUGAUGCUGAUUUAUGAUAAAUUUUACAACCCUCUACCUCAGUCAUAUACAGAAUUUAAGACAAAUCUUCAUUCACUUUUCCCAACUGUGUUUGACACUAAGCAUAUAGUUUUAAGUAUGAGACGGGAUAUGGCACAGACUGGGAUGCUGCAACAAACAAGCUUAGGUGAACUUUAUACAGAUUUAGAAAGCGAGAAAGGACAAACGAUAGUGUUACAUUCACCUGUUGUUAACCAUGCCGAGGGAUUUGACAGAUAUAAAUCUGAUGAGUUACCACAUGAAGCAGGUUUUGACGCGUAUAUGUGCGGAGUUGUAUUUCUGAGAGUUGGACAUAUACUGACAUUCAAAGAUAAUAAGUCCUCAGAAGUUAUACCAUGUAUGUUCCGAAGAUAUUUACAAACAUUAGAAAAGAAAAGAAACAAAAUCAACGUAAUUAGAGCUACUAUAAAUCAUAUUGUAAGUUUCACACCAUUUUAUCAUAU